AUGUCUAUUAAAGCGGGAAUAUUAGGCGCUACAGGAACUGUUGGUCAGCGUUUCAUACUUCUUUUAUCCACCCACCCACAGUUUACUAUACAUGCUCUCGGUGCUUCCUCGCGUUCUGCUGGAAAAACGUACAAAGAUACUACAAAGUGGAAGCUGAGUAAUGAUAUACCGGAAGAAGUGAAGGGGAUGUUGGUGAAAAAUUGUGAGCCAGAGGAAUUUAAAGAAUGUGACGUUGUAUUUUCUGGAUUGGAUGCUUCAGUUGCAGGAGAGAUUGAACUGUCCUUCCUCCUGGCCGAUUUAGUCGUUUUUUCGAACGCGAAAAAUUACCGCCGUGAUCCAACUGUCCCGUUAAUUGUUCCGACUGUCAACGCAUCUCACUUUGAUCUAAUCGCCCAUCAACGCAAACUCCACUCUCUCCGCAAGGGCUUCCUUGUAACUAAUGCUAACUGCUCCACCACCGGACUCGUUGUCGUCCUGAAACCACUUCAAGACGCCUUUGGUCCAUUGGAAUCUGUGAUCGUUAAUACUCUCCAAGCAAUUUCUGGUGCUGGAUAUCCCGGCGUGGCAUCUUUGGACAUAUUUGACAAUAUAGUUCCAUACAUCAGUGGCGAAGAAGAAAAGAUCGAAUGGGAAACACUGAAAAUUCUGGGAGGUAUAAAUGAGACUAAGAGCGCUUUUCAGUUGUUGUCGGAAACAAAAGUCUCGGCGACAUGUAACCGUGUGCCUGUGUUGGAUGGACAUACAGAAUGUGUCUCGGUAAGGUUCAAGAGAAGACCGCCGCCGUCAGUUGAAGAGGUGAUAAAAGUAUUGGAGGGGUAUGUUUCUGAUGCACAAAAGAUUGGAUGUUCUUCUGCCCCAGAGAAGGCAAUUGUGGUUAAUCGACAAGAUGAUAGACCACAACCAAGGCUAGAUAGAGAUAAUGGAGACGGGUACAGUGUGACUGUCGGUAGGGUGAGAGAAUGUGGUGUUUUAGACAUCAAAUUUACUUUGUUGGCGCACAAUACUAUUCUUGGUGCUGCGGGCAGUGGUAUAUUGAAUGCAGAGAUUGCAUUGGCGAAGGGAAUAUUGAUCAACAAGAAAGCCGAACAUCCAGAAUUUUAUUGCUGCUAUCUUUUACGUUCACUUCAAAGCAAACACAGGAAUUACGUAUACAUUGGCACAACCCCGAAUCCUAUACAACGAUUGCGACAACACAAUGGAGAGAUAGCAGCCGGUGCACACAAAACCGAGAAAAAAAGGCCAUGGGAGAUACUUUUGCUCGUGCAUGGUUUUCCUACCAGUACUGCAGCUCUACAAUUCGAAUGGGCGUGGACAUAUGACCACUACUCUCGACAUUUCCCCGGCCGCCUUACGAAUCAAAAGACUUCGUUGAAAAGUCGACUAGAUGUGCUACAUGAAAUGUUGCGUUUAGACGCAUGGAAUCGAUGGCCAUUGGCACUGCAUUUGGUUGCUGCAGACUCGAAUCUAAUCAAUACAGAUAUCCUUCCAAAACAUAUUAAAGUGACAUCGGGUCCUUUGCAGACAAUGAGAUAUACAUUUGCCGAUAAGGGUCGUGCCGAAAGCGAGAAAAAACACGAACAGCUGCAGAAAUAUUUUUUCCAUCGGGAAAAAAAAACCAAAUGUUCCCUUUGUCCCGAGCCAAUUUCGAUCGAGGAUCAUCGCUCAUACUUCAUCUGUCGAGAAAAAUACUGUAAGAUGAUAAGUCAUAGACGAUGUCUUUCAAAAGCUUUUCUUCAAGAGCACGAUCCGUCCCCUUCCCCAUCGUCGAAGAAAUACCUUUUACCAGUUGCCGGGCAAUGUCCUGUCUGCAAGAGCAAAUUAUUAUGGGGCCAUCUUGCAAGAGAUGUAGAAGUAAGAAUUGAUGCAAUCCAUAUAGAAUCUUUGGUAUCACAUUACAAUCGACUACAAGUGAACGACGAUUAA